UUAGUGAUGUAUACACUAAGUUGUUUUUUAUUCCCACACACUGACAUUCCUAAAAGCUGAAAUACUACUACAUUCAUCACCCCCUUUAUUUAUUUUCCAAACUGUACUUGCAUUGAAUAAAUUGUAAUUUAUAAAGAAUGAAUGCAUAUGUCAGAAAAUAUCUAGAUGAGCUUAAUCAACUUUGUUCUUCAGAGUAAUAAGUAGUAACAUGUAAGUUGUAUUCCAGUUAUCAACAAUGGAAGCAACCCCAUCCUUUCGAAGGGUGCCAGGGUCCAAGGACCUGCUCCUCCAGCACACGCCCGAAGCUGCCAGUGUCUCCGCUGCCACUAAGGCGGCCACUGUGCGCUUUGUGGCAAAGGCACCGGAAGAGGUCCGGAGCGAUGCCGUGGCCCAUGUCGUGUCGCAGGGAGGUGACCCCGGGAACAGCAUGCUGGUCCUCAGCCAGAGUACCGUGCAGUUUGGUAAGUACCGGGGUCAAACCUUCCAGUGGCUCCUGGCAAACGACAUGGGCUACGCUGUGUCCCUGGUGACCAGCCACCAGAGGGAGCGGGAGGGUGACAGCUCCAUGUCACCCUACAUGGCGAACAAGGACGCCCUGACCAGCUACGCCUGUGCUUUCCCUGAUGUUGCCUCGGCUGUCAGGGACCGGAGAGCACAGGACGUAGCCCGGCUGCACUCCUCCCAGCCCGGUCAGGAGGACCUGCGCCUUGUGGCCUUUGGGGUGCACAAGGACCUCGCCUGGAGGGAUCUGUAUGAGGCUACGGACAAGGAGAAGAGAGGCUACGUCAAAUGGCUCCGGCGUCAAACACCCCGAACCGGAACGCAGAUGGAGGCGUUGCAGAAAUACAUCCUGCGGCGAGACCAGGAGUCCCGGUCCCCAGCGUCGUCACAGGCUGGGUCUUCGCAGGCUGUCCCCACGCAACUUGCGCCCUCUCGGCCUGCUUCCCCUCGGCCUGGGACCUCGCAGCCGUCCCCGACCCCUGCGCGGUCGCCACUGGCGAGCAGCCUCCAUUUGCGUCCGAGGACGCCGAAGGUCGUGCCUCGUGCACCUUCAGCUCAAGGGGUGUCCAAGCGCCAGCCAGCUUCGCCUGCCUUCUGGGAGGAGGUCACAGAUACGGAGCUGGUUGCCAUCUGCGACGUAGCCCCUCCCACUAACGACUGAGUUCCUUGAACGUGGUAAGGUAGGUCUUGGUGACAGACCCUGUGUCUUCACUGUACAUUAAAAUCGCAUCACUCUCUGCCCUUUUUCACUCUCCUGGCUGACUGCCCUGCACAAUGCGAAUGACUCCUCUCCCACCUCGGAUUGCCCCUCCAUCCUUUCUCACAUUACGCACUCGUGGAUUGCUUGCAUGUUUUUAGUGGUGUUGUAGUUUGUGGCACAGUAGAUUUUAAUGCAAAUCACUACAGCAUGCUUGCUUGCUUGCUUGCUUG